GUUCUGAGGCUGCCUCAUAGGGCCCGGCCGGCGCUGAAGCUGCGGAUUUAGGUUGUCACUGCCACCUCCGUCGGUGCUUACUUCGCUGCCAGCUGGUCGUCGCCAUGAACCCGGACCUGCGCAGGGAGCGGGAUUCCGCCAGCUUCAACCCGGAGCUGCUUACACAUAUCCUGGACGGCAGCCCCGAGAACACCCGGCGCCGCCGAGAGAUCGAGAACAUGAUCCUGAACGACCCAGACUUCCAGCAUGAGGACUUGAACUUCCUCACUCGCAGCCAGCGUUAUGAGGUGGCUGUCAGGAAAAGUGCCAUCAUGGUGAAGAAGAUGAGGGAGUUUGGCAUCGCAGACCCUGAUGAAAUUAUGUGGUUUAAAAAACUACAUUUGGUCAAUUUUGUGGAACCUGUGGGCCUCAAUUACUCCAUGUUUAUUCCCACCUUGCUGAAUCAGGGCACCACUGCUCAGAAAGAGAAAUGGCUGCCUUCGUCCAAAGGACUCCAGAUAAUUGGCACCUACGCCCAGACGGAAAUGGGCCACGGAACUCACCUUCGAGGCUUGGAAACCACAGCCACAUAUGACCCUGAAACCCAGGAGUUCAUUCUCAACAGUCCUACUGUGACCUCCAUUAAAUGGUGGCCUGGCGGACUUGGAAAGACUUCAAAUCAUGCAAUAGUUCUUGCCCAGCUCAUCACUAAGGGGAAAUGCUAUGGAUUACAUGCCUUUAUCGUACCUAUUCGUGAAAUCGGGACCCAUAAGCCUUUGCCAGGAAUUACCGUUGGCGACAUCGGCCCCAAAUUUGGUUAUGAUGAGAUGGACAAUGGCUACCUCAAAAUGGACAACUAUCGUAUUCCCAGAGAAAACAUGCUGAUGAAGUAUGCCCAGGUGAAGCCUGAUGGCACAUACGUGAAACCACUGAGUAACAAGCUGACUUACGGGACCAUGGUGUUUGUCAGGUCCUUCCUUGUGGGAGAAGCUGCUCGGGCUCUGUCUAAGGCGUGCACCAUUGCCAUCCGAUACAGCGCUGUGAGGCACCAGUCUGAAAUCAAGCCAGGUGAACCAGAACCGCAGAUUUUGGAUUUUCAAACCCAACAGUAUAAACUCUUUCCACUCCUGGCCACUGCCUAUGCCUUCCAGUUUGUGGGCGCAUACAUGAAGGAGACCUAUCACCGGAUUAAUGAAGGCAUUGGUCAAGGGGACCUGAGUGAACUGCCUGAGCUUCAUGCCCUCACCGCCGGACUUAAGGCUUUCACCUCCUGGACUGCAAACACUGGCAUCGAAGCUUGUCGGAUGGCUUGUGGUGGGCAUGGCUAUUCUCAUUGCAGUGGUCUUCCAAAUAUUUAUGUCAAUUUCACCCCAAGCUGUACCUUUGAGGGAGAAAACACUGUCAUGAUGCUCCAGACGGCUAGGUUCCUGAUGAAAAGUUAUGACCAGGUGCACUCAGGAAAGUUGGUGUGUGGCAUGGUGUCCUAUUUGAAUGACCUGCCCAGUCAACGCAUCCAGCCACAGCAGGUAGCAGUCUGGCCAACCAUGGUGGAUAUCAAUAGCCCUGAAAGCCUAACCGAAGCAUAUAAACUCCGUGCAGCCAGAUUAGUAGAAAUUGCUGCAAAAAACCUUCAAAAAGAAGUGAUUCACAGAAAAAGCAAGGAGGUAGCAUGGAACCUAACUUCUGUUGACCUUGUUCGAGCAAGUGAGGCACAUUGCCACUAUGUGGUAGUUAAGCUCUUUUCAGAAAAACUCCUCAAAAUUCAAGAUAAAGCCAUUGAAGCUGUCUUAAGGAAUUUAUGUCUGCUGUAUUCUCUGUAUGGAAUCAGUCAGAACGCAGGGGAUUUCCUUCAGGGGAGCAUCAUGACAGAGUCUCAGAUUAUGCAAGUAAACCAGCGUGUAAAGGAGUUACUUACUCUGAUUCGCUCAGAUGCUGUUGCUUUGGUUGAUGCAUUUGAUUUUCAGGAUGUGACACUUGGCUCUGUGCUUGGCCGCUAUGAUGGAAAUGUAUAUGAAAACUUGUUUGAGUGGGCUAGGAACUCCCCACUGAACAAAACAGAGGUCCACGAAUCUUACAAGCACCUGAAAUCACUGCAGUCUAAGCUCUGAAGUAUCACGAGGACAAGUUUAAUCUGCUCCAGAAAGCACCUGUGUGCAACUCGAAUCUGUGUGGAAUCUUUUUCGAAUUCAAAUAGCUAUAGAGCAAAUGAUAAAUUGACCCCUUUUUAUAAAUGGAGGGAAAAAAAUGAACAGAUUUCAGAGAUUAAAUGAAAAAAAAAAAGCAGAUGUUUUAAGUGCAAUUAACACUGAAAGAGACCUGUUAAACCAUUCAGAAAAAGCUUAAGAAAUGCAAUAUGACUUCCUUUUGUAAUGCUGCUGAUCCCAGUAGACUACGACUUUUGAUAAUUAGCAGAAUUUAACUACUAAGUAGUUGAUUAUUUUCACAUUUUAAUUGCUAAUCACUGGCUAUAUAAGUGUUUUUAAGCAAAGGUAUUUUUGAAGUGGUGUAGAACCCUUCCAAGCUUUCCUGCUUGGUGUUCUACCAGACUUACCCUGGGACCUGGCUUAAAAGCAGGAUUGAAGAAAAGGGACUGGGGGAAGGAAACUUAUUGGAAAACUUGAUGCAAAUGAGUUUCUGCUUGGCACAGUCUCUGCCUGCUUGCUCUCCUUUGCUGAUGGAUUGCGUUUAUCCAACUAUUCAUGCUGGCAUUUUUCCAACAAGAGAACUUAUUUCGCACAGGCCUCCUGUAGGACCAUUGUCUCGUGUAAUUAGGAAUUUUCCAUUUGAAGGAUCACUAAAUUGUCACAGUAGUAGGAACUGUAGGGAGAGCUCUCAGCUGUAACUUUGGUGACUAUAUUAACUGGAUUUUCUGGGACAAUCAGAUUUCAAAGAUUCUGUCAUCUUGGCAUAAGCCAUUAAAAGCUUGGAGGUUACCAUAUUUGGCAUUUAAAAAAUGUCACUUAGGUCAUCUCACUCCCAGACGUAGCACAGAAAAACCCUUUGACACAAACCAUGUGUUCUGAUUUUUGGUUCAGAAAAUAUAAUCAUUGAAACUGUGAGGUGUGUGUUUGUUUUUUUUUAACAACUGGGGAAAAAAAAAAACUAUGGUUAGAAAAGCGGAAGUUCUGUAGGUUCUAUUUCUUACUCUACGUAUGGCUUUGUUUUCAGUACAUUUCUAGGAGCUUUAUCUGAAUCGCUAAUUGUCCUUUCAGCUGAAAUGUAAUUUACACAAUCAUUCUAUAUUUAAAGAUUAAAUACAUCUUAAUUAAUUUUUUCUUAAAGUCAAUGUAA